UAGUGAGGGUGGCGAAGUCUAAUGUUACCGUUCACAAUGUAGGAAGGGGGAAAAUGGCCUUUAUAAUCGCCGGGCAUUCACUUCACAAAUAAUGAAAUAUUGUGGAGUGUACUUACUGUUUGGGUGAGCACAGCAGGCAACAAUGAACCUGUCGCAAACAGCAAUGUGAUAACCUGAGGAAGAGUCAGUGGACCUGAAACGUUAAAUCUGAUUUCUCUCCAUAGAUGCUGCUAGGCCUGCUGAGCUUAUCCAGCAACUUUUGUUUUUGUUUUUGUUUUUGUUUCUGAUUUACAGCACCUGCAAUCACUUCGGGUUUUAAUGGGAUAAUUUUUUUUUGUGUGAUGAUGGUUCAGGGGAAAUGGUGAACUCCGAUGCCCCUUUUUGAGGUAACUUCAUGUCCCGUGAAAUACACUGCCUCUGACCAGUGUCAGGGCUUGAGCUCUCCACCGUCAAAGGAAUGGGAGGAGAUGAGUAACAAAGUGAGCUGAGUUUUCUGUAGUAUGCCUCAGUUGCACUAUAAUAACAAUUAACUUUUCAAUUCCAAAUAUGACUCUAUGAAACUGAAUAACUGUUGUGGGUGCUCCUUUGCAAUGCAGUCAGGAGAGGAUAGCGAUAAGGAGUAAAGUAAAUCUGUUUUUCACAAUCCAGUUGAAUUCAGCAGUUGAGAUAAUGAAUGAACUGAUGUUAGAAAGUGUAAAGGUUGUAGUUCUGUCUAAAGAGAAAGCAUAAUAACAAGUCUUUUUUGAAAAAGGAUGUUGGGGAUGUAAUAAUUGACCUUGGCUCACUUAGUGAGAGUUCAACAGUUGGGGCUGAAACUCUACUGUGGGUUAGAACAGUGCAGUAACUGAGGGAAGGACUGUCCUUAGUGUAUAACACUUGUAUCUCAAGUCUCAUUUACCUGCUCAGGUGGAUUUUUAACAAUUUCAUUGGGGAAUUUUCUUCCUUUAAAAAUGCCAUCCAAUAAAUCUGUGUCCGAUGCCCCAAUCUCACAGUUCCUGAACUGUCAUAUUCUAAAGGAUCACAAGUUACAGAGGGAGGACCUAUGGGUCCGUGAGGGGAAGAUCCUCAACCCGGAGAAGCUGUUCUUUGAUGAGGAAGGUUAUGCGGAUGUUCGGAUUGAUUGUAAGGGCAGCAUCAUCGCCCCAGGCUUUAUCGACACGCAGAUCAACGGGGGAUAUGGAAUUGACUUCUCGACAGCCACAGAUGACAUUAAAUGUGGGGUAUCCAUGGUUGCUCAGAGGCUGCUAUCCACCGGAGUGACCUCCUUCUGUCCAACACUUGUGACCUCCCCAGUCUCCAUCUACCACCAGGUUAUUCCUCAAAUUGAGGUACAGGAUGGUGGUCCCAGGGGAGCAGGGAUUUUGGGUCUACACUUGGAGGGUCCAUUCAUUAGCAAAGAGAAGAGGGGUGCACAUCCUGAAGAAUAUCUGCAGAUAUUUGAAAAGCACGGGUUCCAGGAUUUGUUGGCUACGUAUGGCUCCCUGGACAAUGUCCGAAUUGUCACGUUGGCUCCUGAACUCGAGAGGAGUGAAGAGGUUAUCAGGGAACUGGUCCGACGUGGGAUCUGUGUCUCACUGGGACAUUCUGUCGCCAACCUGUUACAAGCUGAAGCCGCAGUGAAACAAGGGGCCACCUUUAUCACCCACCUCUUCAACGCCAUGCUGCCCUUUCACCACCGUGAUCCAGGAAUUGUGGGCCUUCUGACUAGCAAUGAGAUUCCUGAUGGACAAUCCAUAUUCUACGGAAUGAUUGCUGAUGGGAUCCAUACGAAUCCUGCAGCUCUGAGAAUCGCAUAUCGAGCGCACCCCACGGGAUUGGUCCUCGUGACCGAUGCGAUCAUGGCAAUGGGACUCCCGUCGGGACGACGCACAUUGGGGCAGCAGGUGAUCGAAAUUGAUGGGCUACAUGCCUAUGUUGCAGGGACCAAGACGCUGAGUGGGAGCAUUGCUACAAUGGAUAUGUGUGUCCGACACCUCUGGCAAGUUGCAGGCUGCUCAAUGGAGCAGGCGCUGGAAGCUGCUUCACUUCGUCCUGCUGAACUACUGGGGAUUUCACAGACAAAGGGAACCCUGGAAUAUGGCACUGAUGCAGACCUGGUGCUGAUGGAUAAGGAGCUAAAUGUCAAAGCAACGUACAUCGCAGGGGAAUGGGUGUGGAAACACUGCAAGGUUGCAAAGGAGUUGGAAAUGGGCACUGAAUAACAAGUAGGUCCAAUUUGAGCCAGUGAGAUCUGAGACUGAGUGAUUCCUGAUUGGCUGGAUGAUUACAACAUUAAACUUGGACACGCUGGACACGAGGUUCUCUCUGUGCACAGGCAUGUUUUCCGUUCUCAGCUUCUGAGGUCUUCAAUCAUCUGUGCAUUUACCUCGGAUCUGCUAAAUUUUCAGUUUAAAGUACCUGCCUCUGUUGACUCUCUGAUGUCGCACUUGUACCCCUCAAGAAGAUAUGGGUAAAGUUCCUCUGCCUUUAUACUGGAAGCAGCUACCGCCUUGAAUUACUUGAAUUUUGUCUAAGCAAAGUCUAGAUUUUAACUUGAGCAUUUUCUGCAGGGAUGGGAGGCAAAGAUACUGCUGGGGGGGAGUGGAACUGAGUGCUUAUGUACUAACUCACUCAACACUUGACCACAUGCAACUGCUUGCUUUCCAAUUCUGGUAAGGGGUUUAUUUCUACUCAAGGUGGUGUCCCUGAACGAAGACGACAAAGUGGCUGAGAUCAGAGUAUUUUCAGUAUCAAGUAUUCUAUUCAUUCUAUCAUGCACGCAUCUACACAAGAUGGUGCAUGUGCAGCACCUCAAAUGUGUUGUGGAUAGAGGUAGCAGCUUAUGGUGCACUUUUGCUGGUGGAUGGGGCAGGAGGGGUAUGCUUCUUCUACAAAGGCUCGAUCCGAAGCAGCUGUUAGGUGUCAUUGUGGAUUGUAGAUUUUAGUGCUGGCAAUUAUUGCUGAUGUUGCUGUGACCAUUGAUCUCUCUAGUAGCACAUGAGUGAUAUCGCUAUAUCUGUCUCAGCUGGUGUCUUGCAGCUUCAGAAAUUGAUAUUUCAAGCCUUUGUAACAUGCUUGCAAGCACCUUUGAAUUGGAAUAUUGUGGGUGUCUAACUGAUUAUCUGCCUACAGCUACCUUAGCAAACAGAAUAUCCUUGAGUAUCCAUCUGUCCUCCAUCUUCUAAGCCUGCCUGAACGUGGGAAGUUGCCCCUGCGAAUACAGUCACAUCUGUGUUUUGUCCUUUGGAUGCCAAGAUGCACUGGCAACAGUGAAGCUGAAAGUUGUUGCGCCUCCCCUCUCUAGCUGGAAGUCAUUCAUAGUUCACAGUAGUACAAGACACUAAGAACACAGACCUUAUUAACCAGCUCCAGAUGGUAAUUCAUAUAACAAGUUCAACAUCAGGACACAAAUUAUUUGCUUCUGUGGAUCCAAUGUGACAGAAUUUGCUAGCCACUUUCAGUAAGAUGUUGUAACACCCUGUACCAUAAACAUGGUUUUCUUGAUGCUUACUAUAGGGAGACCAAGUUUCAGGCAUGGAAGAAAUAAUUCAUAACUCUUUCGGGCUGUUUUCAAUGUAGUACCCAGUGCAGUGUCAUCGGUGUAGAGGACUAUUUUGGACAGCUUCAGCAUGAAGAAUGAAGUGAAACCGGGCUCUGGCCCUGGUCCUGCUUUGAUUGGUAUUUUCGUAGCCUUGCUCCUAACCUUUGCCCUCUCUGCAGAUGCGGAAGAAGUUUACCUGCAAACUAGAUCAGAAGGCAAACUUUACAAUCCACCCAGAAACACACCACAUCUUGGUCAAAGAACUCCUCUGCAUUGAUGUUUUUUUUGUAGUUUGUUAAUAAUCAACGCCUCACAGCUCAGCAGUGUGUUUAGCUGGAGGAUCAGGGCUGGGAUCUAAACCUACAGAUACUCAGUUCAGAUGAGGAUCUUAAUCCUGAAGUUCAUCAUGUUAACCAGCUGACUGUGCUCCGAUUGAAGGCUUGGAUUUUCUCACAGUGGAGCAAAAUAAUAAGCUUAUCUGCUAAGACCUUCAUCACAUAUAUUCGGUACCUCUAUACUUAACUAUUCCAGUUCUCUCGUGGUUAACCUCUCAUUUUCCACUUUCCAGAUUUAAGAUCAUCCAGAAUUUACUGUUUGACUCAUCAGCUCUGUAUGAGCCUAUCCACUUCAGUUGCUGGUCCAGCAUCUCAAUUUUACAAGUCUCACCCUCAUUUGAAACUACAAGGACUAGAUUUUGCCUACUUUCAGCCUCACAAAUCAAGUGCAUCCAAUUCUCAAUUGAACAGAAUCAGUUGAACUGUUCAAUCAGUUGAACAAGUAUCAAAACCAGUUAAAAUAAACCAGAGCUGCUAUCAGUCAAGCUGAAAAAAUUUAUCACCUGGGUUCAGAAGUGUCUGGCAUGGCCAUUUGGUAUUAUUAAGCAGUUGAUGAUUUGUUUCUGGUUGGAGAUUAGCCAUGAGUGCUGCCUGGUAGGGGUCAGUCAGUCAUCGAAUCCCUACAAUGUGGAAACAGGCCAUUUGGCCCAACAAGUCCAGGCUGGCCAAGCCUCCAAAGAGCAUCCCACCCAGACUCAUACCCCUAUCCUAUCCCUAUAACUCUGCAUUUCCUAUGGCUAAUACACCUGCACAUCCCUGAACACUAUGAGCAACUUAACAUGGCCAACCCACCUAACCUGCACAUCUUUGGCCCAUGGGAGGAAACCAGACCACCUGUGGAAACCCACGCAGACAUGAGAACAUGUGAACUCCACACCUGAGGGCGGAAUCGAACCCAGGUCCCUGGUGCUGUGAGGUAGCAGUGCUAACUGUUGAGCCACCGUGCUGCCCUCAAUCGGGGUCUUGAGGCCGUCCAGAUGAUUGGGAUACCACAGGAUUUACUUAGUGUUGGGACAGUUUCUGUUUCCUAAACUCUUGGCCACUGUCAGGCUUCAGAAUUCCAACAACUUGUCAGCCUCCCAAAUCCCACUGUCCUGUCUGACUUCCAGCAGGUGUCAGUGUCUACUUGUGGUGUUUCUCUGAAAUAAUGUACAGGAAAAGAUUCAAAAGGCAACCAUAUUUCCUGGAAACCUAACGACAAUCAGAUAGUGAUAUUUUUAUUAAUGAAGAUUUCAGUCAGUGGUUUGCAGCUUGUAAUGUUAUUUCAAAAACAUUGCUCUUGCCAGCUCAAGCACAUUAAUGUUUCUUUGCAAAUUUUAUUUCCCCCCCCACCCCCCCAUGCUUUCGGAUUUUCAGGUGACAUUAUACAGACUGGGAUGAGAAUGAUCAGUGCUCCAGAAUAAAUGUUCUGCUGUUGAGUGCCAGAACUAAGCUUGCCUAUACCAGGUUCAGCACCAUCUACGUACAGAGCAAGAUCCUGUUUCACUGUACAAUUAAACACUGCCAGGGUAUUUUCCCUAGUAAGUGGAAGCAGUUUUCUGUCUUUAGUGACCAAGAUCUAAGCUCAGCCUUUGUCUCCUUUUAAGAUUCUCUUUUGAAGAUACUCCUUUUAAAAAAAACUACCUCCUUGACCAAACUUUGGUCAUCUGUACUAAUAUUGUCUCCUUUGCCUUUGUUAGUUUUUAUCUGAUUGCCCUGUUUGAACAUCUUACUACAUUAAAGGUGCUAUACAAACA